UAGGGGCAGAGUUUAGAAAGGGAAAGUAAUGACAAUGAGAGGGGAAGAAGACGAACAACAGUUAAAAAAUUGAAGGAUACUACUCACCGAGUUAACUCAUCAACUCCUUUUCAACUCUCAAGAGUCCAUAAUUCUUGAAUCAUGGUUGAAUGUCUGCGCAGUGGACAACAGAAUUCCACCAACCUUCUUCAGGUUGAAGCCUGUCAAAAGUGCGGUGUCAGCGGUUAUGCAGAUCUUUUAGUAUAUUGCGAUGUGUGCCAGAUUUCUGCUGAGCACGUAUAUUGUUUGGAUACAAUAUCUAAGGUUACUCAAAAGGUGGUCCAAUGGUCAUGUGAGCAGUGCGUACCGCUAUAUUUCCACAAGCAAAUUAGUUUGAGACCAUCCCAAAUAGUUGAAGAAACAAAUGGCAAACAGCUGCGAGAUAAUGACAAUGUAUAUGCACAUAGAAUUACUGAUCAUCCGCAGAGUGUGGAGAAUCUCUUGCCGAACAGUCAACUCAAUCAGCAGACACUCACAGAUGAUGCAGAAGCAGUUAGAUCUAUUAGUAAAAAAUCUUUUUCGGAACAAAAAAAAAGAUUUUGUAAGCAAGAAGAAGAAGGAAAAAAAAAAAAAUUUGGUAAGGCACUCGUCGAACAAGAAGCUCAGACGAAUGUUUCUGUAAGCAAUGUUCAGUACAAGGAAAUUGAAGAAUACUUUGAAGACAAGACGGGAUGGUUGAAAAAUAAGUUCAACGAGUUAGAGGUGAUUGAAAAGGCGUUUGUGGAGAAGAAAUCUGAGAUGCGUGCACUUAUUGCUAAGAAAGUGGCAACCGUCGAUGUUGAAGAACAAGCUAUGCUUGAUCGGGUUCAGGAGCAGGAAGACAUUGCUGUUGCUGCUAUUAUAGGGGCACGAAAAAAAAUCAUCGCUAACAGAGUGGCAACUGUUAAAGAACAAGCUAUGCUUGAUCGCGUUCAGGAGCAGAAGGGCAUCGGUGUUAUAGAGGCACAGAAUAAUUCAAGUAUACAUACUGUUGGUUGUUUAGAUCGACAACAAUGUCUUAGGCAAUUUUGCCAAGACAUGGACGCAAAAAGUCUUAUGAAUUACAUUAUGGAGCAUAAGAACUAUAUGGGUGCAGUGUGUGGUGAAAUUCCUGUAGCUUUGAAAAGUGCACCUGAGCCUGCCCAUCUGGUGUUGGAUUUGCUGAAAGGAUUCUACCCUUCUCCUGGUCCAGCCACAUCUUGUGUAAAAGAGAGCAGGAGAGAUUCCGAAGACCGUGAGUGCAUACACAGAUCAUGUUUGAUGUUGAUUGAAUCUGUUGCCCCAUUGGUGUUAGGUGGUGAUGAACUUCUGGACCAUAAAACCAAGAGGAGAGCCAAGGUAAUUGCCGAUGAUUGGAAGUUUAGGUUGGGCAGCUGUGAUCCUACCUGUAGGAAUUCUUCUCUGGACGUGGAGGUGUUUCUGAAGUUACUUACAGUAUUUAAAAUUACUACAGAGAUUGAUGAAGAAGAACUUUGCAAGUUUGUUCUUGCUGUUUCUCAUCGUCUCCACAUUCCUGAUCUCUGCCAUUCUCUUGGCCUGACAAACAAAAUACCAGUUUUAGUUGAAGGAUUGAUCAGCCGCAGGAGACAGAUUGAUGCUGUUCAUUUUGUUCAAGCCUUCAAGCUCGAGGAAAGCUUCCCACCUGCGCCUCUUCUGCAAACCUACUUGAGGGACUUGAGGAGAGAUAUACAAAUAAAAAACACGAGCUCAGGAGGAGAUGUUAGAAUUAAGAAGAAAGCACAUAUGAAGGAGCUUGCCGCUAUAAAGAGUGUGAUCAAGUGCAUUGAAAAGUACAAACUUGAAGCAGAUUAUCCUCUUUAUCCACUGCGAAGACGACUGAUUCAGCUAGAGGAUUGGAGAUAUAAUGAGAAGAGAAGAAUGUGUGGGGAUUUGAUGAUAAAUGAAGUACGAAAGAAGGCUCGAGUAGAUGAUGGAAGAAAAUAUGAGUCUUACAGGCAUCCUUUGGACCCACUAGCUUACAGCAAGAGGAAUUUAUCUUUACAUAGGAACUACAGAAUGGAGCCAUCAUCUCCGCGUAACAGCCAUUAAUAUUUUUGACUAUUGAAGGGCUGAUUUUGGAUUUCUAACUUGGGGACAGGUUGCUGAUGUGUAGUGAAAAAACAAGCUCAAGUUCUUUUUGGUCAGUCAUGGUGUGUGCAUGCCAUAGGUAACCCUACAAAUAUCUCAGGUUUACUAACCGGUCGAGACCUGCAUUUAGGGUAUUUAUUGUGUAACUUUUGGGAUAGUUUGUCCAAGAGAGUCUAGUUCUCAGUGUUAUGAGCACCUUUUUUUUUUCUUCUACUAAUAAUGUAUAGCUAAAAGCUCGACAUACUAUUUAGCUGUAAAUAGCAUUGCCUAUGUAUUUUUCUUUUCUUUACAUUUUAUACUACUCUAACAAAGCCUGGGUGACUCGUCUGG